AUGUCAGUACGCCAUAAAGGAGGAGGAGGAGGAAGCCAACGCAAUGUUGAUACAGCUAACUACCGUCACUACCAACAAGGCAAUGCCCAGGUGACUGGUGCCAUGUAUGAUAACUCUACAGAUCAGCAACAACAGGUCCAGGGAGGUUACUCAUGCGAAGAUACCGCUGAUGUGAGUAGUAGUGGCAACACUGGGGAAUCGGAUCCUAGUGGACCGACUACUGCUGCUGCUAAUGUAUACUGGCAACAGAACUACUAUGCCGCGAUGGCAGCAGCUGCAGCAGCUGGUAAUAAUGGCAACCCAAAUGGUGGUAUGUCUGAGUAUCAAGCUGCUGUUGCUGCUACUGCUGCAUACUAUCAACAACAACAGCAGUAUUACUAUCAACAACAACAAGCUGCUAUGUUGGCUAUGCAACAGCAACAGCAGUCUGGGGAACAACGCCAGCAAUCCCAGCCUCAGCAAGGUACGCCGCAAGUCCUAUAUGGUGCUGCACAGGGACAAUAUGCUCCCGGUUAUAUGGCUCCUAAUGCUAUGGCUUGCUAUUACUAUUACUAUCAACAACAACAACAACAAGGCAUGAAUACUCCACAGCAACAGGCAUCAGUACCUGUAUACUACAACACUACAGGGACUAAUGACAGUGAGUCUUCUGCCACCUCUUCAUCGGCCUCUGCUGCUGCUGCUGCCACUGCCCCUCAAGUCCCGUAUUAUUACUACGACCCUAACACUGCUGCUGCUGCUGCUGGCAAUAGGCAAGGUGGUCUAAUACCCUCGACACAGGCUUAUUACUACUACUAUCCCCAACAGCAGCAACAGUAUAUACAGGCUUACAGUCAUGCGCAACAACAAGAGUCUACACCAGAAGGAGGAGGAGUGGGACAAGCUUCAUAUGAGGCUGAUGGGAUAGGUGAACAGCAAGAACAGGAGGAGGAGGAGUCUGAUGAGGAUGUUGUUGAUAACGAUGAUCAGCGUAAAGGGAGGAGGAGGCCUGGACUAAUUGCUAAGCUUACUACACCGAUACAGAAGACGACCACCACGACGAGCGAUGUGCACAUACUUCCUACUCCUGUUAUUAAUACACCUGAGGACGGUGUGGGAUCUGUUGAGGUUAAACACAGCGGUGAAGCAGGGAAGGAUGGUAUUCACAGUGAACAGAAGGAAGGAUCUGUGAGGGAUCGCUGUGUGAAGGGGGGCUAA